GUUAACUUUCCACUGCUUCUCUCAAAGAAACAAUUCAAGGAUGUCUCAGUGAACGACGGAUCGCGAUUCAAGAUUGCUAGGACGUUAAUACCAUUAUUAUUCACUAUACUUCUCGCGAGCAAGACUAUUUCUCUUUAGGAUAAGGAUAAUACGACAAAAAGCAUUCCCAGUGAUUUGCAAUACGAAACAACUCUUUAAAUGCAACGCUGUUUGAUUUAUGAGAAAAGUAUGGCAGCCGAGACGAAGAACGGCGGAACAUCUCUGAGCAACUGUAAAGACCACAGCAGGAGAAAAUUACUUGUCGGAGUGGACCUCUUCUGUCUCUUUUUAGCCGGCCUGCCUUUCUUGGUCAUUGAGACCAGCGCUGUUCAGCCUUACCGUAGAGGCUUUUACUGCGACGAUGAGUCCAUCACGUACCCGGCCAAAAAUGGAGACACCAUUAGCGACGGUGUGCUUAGUGCUGCUGGCAUUCUUAUCACCAUCCUCUCUAUCAUCAUUGGGGAGAGCUACCGGAUCUACUUCCUCAACGAGGGCUCCAAGUCAUUUGUAGGGAAUCCCUACAUCUCCGCCCUGUACAAGCAGGUGGGCGUGUUUGUCUUUGGCUGCGCCAUCAGUCAGUCUUUCACCGACAUCGCCAAAGUGUCGGUGGGCCGCCUGCGCCCGCAUUUUCUCGACGUGUGCAAACCCGACUUCACCACUAUCAACUGCUCCCUGGGCUACAUCACCGACUACCAGUGUCAGGGGCCCGAGAGUAGAGUCCAAGAGGCCAGGAAGUCUUUCUUUUCUGGACACGCCUCCUUUUCCAUGUACACUAUGCUUUAUCUGGUGUUUUACCUUCAGUCUCGUUUCUCCUGGCACGGAGCCCGGUUGCUGCGCCCUCUGACCCAGUUCACCCUCAUCAUGAUGUCCUUCUACACCGGCCUGUCCCGCGUCUCUGAUCACAAGCAUCACCCCACUGACGUUUUGGCUGGUUUCGUUCAGGGUGCGCUGGUGGCCUACUGCAUUGUGUUCUUCGUCUCAGAUUUGUUCAAGGCCAAAGGGAGACGUUGCGCCUUAUCUUUGACUCCUGUGAAGAAAGACCUUGUCCCUCCAGCAGACAUCAGAGAGAGGAGCAAUCAUCUCAUCAUGGCAUAGCAAGCCCUGCAAACUGUCCAUUCAAAAAUCACUAUGACAGACACUGGCCCCGCAAACUGGGACUAAAUGAACUCGAACAGUGUGUGGAGGAAGUAGAAGA